AUGGCUACUAACCUUGUCUGUCCAGCUUCUCAAACGGUGCAUCCAAUACCAAGGAUGGGAAAGAUGCUUACAACUCAUAGCAGGUCAGUCCCUGCUAUUCAUCCAUGGAUCAAGAAGACAAGGUUUGGUGGUGGGGUUAGGCCAAUUCGCACCACCAAAGUUGCAGAACAAAGCCCUGGCUUAGUUGAUGAGAACAAGGAGGUCAAAGAAAAUGACAAAGAUAACAGGAUGGUAGAACAGAUUAAAGCAGACCUUUACCAGGCAGUCCGAGGAAUAAAUAGAGGGAUAUUUGGAGUCCCAUCUGCAAAGAAAUCUGAGAUUCAUGGUUUGGUGGAGCUGUUAGAGUCUCAAAAUCCAACACUACAUCCUGCUCUAAAUCUUGAGAAGGUAAAUCAAUUAGCUUAA